CUUUAUAAAUAUACCCUGACCGAACCCCUCCCAUUUUAGUUGCAUACACUAUUCUGUUCGUCGUGGUCCGUGGUUUCAUUCCGUACGGUACGUGUGCGCGAAUAGGCAAAUAUAUGUAUUCUUCUUCUGCUCUUUUUGAUUGUUUUAUGUUUCAACCUCUACCAUGAAUUUGUAUGUAUUUUUUGGGAUUUUUUUUUCAGUGUUAGCAAAGAUAAUAGAUAAAACCCUGAACCUUUGUGUCAAAAUUGAGGUAUUCAGUUGAAAUACUAUCUAAAACAGAAGUCUUCUCGAAGAGAAUCAUUGUCUGCUCAUAAAAGGACAUUCGUUCAUAUUUUCGUUUCUAUUUAAUCCGCUUUGUGUUUUCCCCUUAAAAAGAAGAAAGGAGGAAGGAAUUAAGAAUGUAAAAGUUUCUCUAUAGUAGGGGACAUACAUAUAAAAGUGAGGAUGAAACAAUGUUGUUUUAAUUCGCAGCAGUUCAACAAAAAAGAGACGAUGGUCCCGCUUUUAAUGCUUGCCUGGUUGCUUUUGGUGUCAGCAGAACCAAAUCCUCGUCUUGUCAUCGUUGUUAAACCCAAACCACAGAUAUCCGCCCGGUCUCAAAUGCAGCCGAUGAUGCCAACUAUCGAUCCGGAAGUUCACUAUCACAACGACGAACAUCAUCAUCACCAUCACGAUGAGCACCUCCACGACGAUGAGCAUUCGCAUGAUCACGGGGACGUCCACAAUCACUGGGAUGGGCAUGAGCACAGUCACGACGAUGUACACUACCACGUCGACGACCAUCACCAUGAUCACGAGGACCUUCACGAACAUUCUGACUACCACGGACACGACCACGACGACGAGCACUAUCACCACGAUUACCACGGUCACGAGAAUCGCGGCACGGCUCAUCACGGUCACCAGGACUAUCAUCAUCACGCCGCUUCUCUCUUCCCACCUCAGCAGCAACAGCAGCAACGGCAAAAGAGAAAAGCAGCGAUUUACCAUAGAGAUGUCUACCAUCAUCACCAUUUUGGAAAGCACAUCGAUACAAAGAAAGUAUAUCAAAGCCCACCAAUUUGGGUAAACGAACCUGCGAGAAAUAAACGUUUCUGAAUAACUGUAAAAUAAAUUUUCCGACAAAGCAAUUAUAACAUGUCUAAAAAGUUGAAAAAUGUAUCUGUAAGUUUAUGCUCUCUGUCCUCGUAUAUAA